GAUUGCAAAUAUCGUUUGCUGACACAAUGAAGUGCAAGUGCCGGAUCAUAUUUAUUAUAUUACUUCUUGCUGCUGCCUCUUGUGUUCCUUUCCACAGGAGUCCCAUUUAUGAAUCUGUUUGCGCGUUGACUGGGGGCCGGCUUAAAUGCUAUGUGCAUAACUCUUGGGGCUUCAAUGAAAGGACUAAAAAAUGUUAUGAAGUGCGCAAGGGCAAAGAGCCGUGCGGCUUCUUUGAUGGAAAAAAGGGCUGUGAAGACUUUUGUCUCAGGCCUCCUGGAACGGGCAGGAAAGGUUAACCUUGUGGGCACUACUCUUCGCAAGCAGUUUUAGCUUUUUUACCUAAACAGAUAGCUUUAUUUUUCAGUGCCAAAUAUUCAGCUUACUAUGCUUUAAAUUGUCAAUGAUAAGGGAGUGUCGCUUUUACACUUUUUCUGCUCCAGUGCCCCCAACACUUAAUCCCCUCUUCUUUCGGCUACAUACAUACAUAUGUAUGUAUGUAUUUGUUUUCAACAAUUGAUCGUGCCAAUAUUGAAAAUAAAUGUUGUUUGGUCACCAACGCAGAACGUGUA